UGUCCUCUAUGGUCCGAAUCCGAACAAGAUCUUGAUUCAACGAGAGAUAUUUUCUUCGCUAAGAGGUAAAUUCUUCUGUAGUUAUGUUGUUCUUGAUUUGUAGAUCUUGUGAUUUUGAGAUGCUCCCGAUCUGUCCUGUGAGAAUGAUUGAAUUUUUUCUUUUUGGUUGAGCUGCUUGGAUUGGAGACUUGAUCUGUUUGUUGUAAUUUACAUUAAUUGUUUGAUUUGUUUUGUGAAGUUAAUAUUUUGUUAUUCAUGAGAUCUGAUUGUAAAGAUCACGAUCUUCUCCUAAAUUGAUGUGGUUGUACUCUGAUUCCGUGGUAUGACGAGCUGGGGAAAAUUUUUAGGCAUUAUUAUGUUGGAUGCUUGAUUCUAUGGUUUCGAUGAGUUCAUUAGGAUUGGAAAGUAGGCAUGGCGUUAGUCUCAGGAAGGUCAACAUUGAACCCUGAUGCUCCUCUUUUUAUUCCUGCUGCAUUACGGCAAGUGGAAGAUUUCUCCCCCGAGUGGUGGGAUUUGAUCACGACAUCAACAUGGUUCCGCGAUUACUGGCUCAGCCAGCACAAGGAAGAGGACAUCUUUGGGAAUGGUGAAUAUGAUUUUGAUGGCCAUGACAAUGACGUUGUUGAUUUGCUGCCAGAUACUUUUGAUUUGGGUGCUGGCGACGAUUUUCCAAGUCUGGAAGUUCAGUUUGAGGAAUUCAUUCAAUCUUCAAUGAAUGGAGAGGGAAAUGAAUUGUGGUACUCUGCUGUGAAGCAAAUGCCUGGAAAUGGUUUCCAAAUUGAUGCCGAUACGGCGAUGAAGAAUCUGAAUCUGAGUAUAAUGAAGUCGCCAAGAGAUAGGGGUGUCAAGGCUCAGGCAGUGAAGAACUGGGAGAAGCCAGCCCAGUAUGUGAACUCGAAAUGCAGCCCUCGACGCAUCCAGCAGCCCCGUUGAACUGAAAUGCCGUUCCUUUGAAUUGAGCUCAACUUCACUCCAACUGCAGCCAGCCCCGGCUUACUGUUCAACAUCCGGUGAUGUCAGUAGAAUAGAACUUCUGUAUAGAGCAAGAGUCUUGCAUUUCUGCUUGUUCAUUCUCAUGAUCUUUGUUUAGUUAACCUAAGCAGUCUCUGAAGAUAUUGUAAACAAAAAUGUUAAAUUUGGAUAUGAAAAAAAUUUUAAAUUA